CCGCAUCCCGACAGCCAAGUUUCCAUAGCACAGAUUUCACGGGACUGCAGGGAUGCUGUGAAGAGGAAGUUUAUUUAUUUAUUUGUCUCCACUUUCACAGAUAGCCAUUGAAGGUUGUAUUCUCGGACAAACAGAAGUAUGGUUCUGCAGACCGUGUUCCGCGCGGUGAUCACCGGGGCCCCGGGCUCGGGGAAGGGGACCAUGUCGAGUCGGAUAGUGCAGAGUUUCGGACUGAAGCAUCUCUCCAGUGGAGACAUGCUGCGGGCCAUAGUCGAGGCGAAGACCGAUUUGGGUGUCCUGAUGAAGUCGUGUAUCGAUCAGGGUCAGCUGGUUCCCGAUGACGUCAUCUCUCGCCUCGUCCUGUCCAGUCUGAGGGAUCUGGAGCAGAGCAGCUGGCUACUGGACGGUUUUCCUCGUACCGUGGCUCAGGCCGAGGCCCUGGACAGCAUGUACGAUGUGGACUCUGUUAUAAACCUGGACGUGCCUUUCCAGACGAUCCAAGAGCGUCUGACGUCUCGCUGGGUGCACCUUCCCAGCGGCAGGGUCUAUAAUAUAGGCUUCAACCCGCCCAAGAAACCAGGUCUUGAUGAUGUCACAGGAGAACCGCUGGUCCAAAGAGACGAUGACGGUCCCAUAACUGUGUCCAGGAGACUCAAGGACUAUGAGAGACAGACACAACCUGUUCUAGAGUAUUACAGGAGUAAAGGAGUAUUGGAGACCUUCUCAGGAACUGAAACCAACAAGAUAUGGCCUCACGUCCAUGCCUUCCUGACUAGGAAAAUCCCAAGAAACCAGCAGGCUGUGGGAAAAGCGUGAUUGCACAGUCACCUUGACGACUGAAGUACACUGCUGGACUCGAGCACAAUGCACCUCUGUGGUCUUAAGCAGUCUACUGUAUUUGCCGAAGCCUUUGGUGUGACCAGCUGCUUUUAUGUCUUUUUUGAGAAUAUUAGCACCAACCAAAGGUUUAUGGUCAAACUUUAGUCUCAUGAGCUCUAGCGCUGCCAUCUUAAGCAAACAAACGAUCUUAAAGAGUCAGGCAUGCUAAGAUUCAUAGUUGAAUCCACAGUUAAUCAUUUUCAGCAUUACAUUUGCAAGAAGUGACCAACACAUACUCUUUUUUUUUUUUUCUUCCUUUCCUUCUUUUAACUGAAGUGGCUGCAAAGUCGGGACACAGCAGCUCCAAAACAUUCCUGUUUAUUAUCCAUUUUAAUAUUAUUAAGAUUUGUGCAUACUAGAGAAUUAAAGUAUUAAUUGAAAAACAUUCCCAGAUGAAUGUAGUUCAAGAGUAUGAUUUAGACCUGAUUUUU